UCGACCACAGGACACCAUACCGCACGUCGGUUCAGCAAACACAACAUACAAGCAUCAUUCUAGGCACUGAGAGUAGGUGGCACGAAUUCCGAAUUUUAAGUUUAUUGCAAGUAUCAAGGAGCAAAAUCAUCUGAAUUCAUCUGGCUUCUCGAAUGUAUAUAACACCACACCAAAAGUGUGUGUAUAUAGCUCGACCAAAUGGAACACGUCAGCGCCCAACCGAGCAGUCUGUCCGUGAGGCGGAAGCCAAGGUCGGACAUACGGGGCGGGCCGCGUAUAAAAGCGGCGGACGGCGGGUGGAUAUCACACACUCACUGAUCUACUCUCCCAGCAGCCGGUGGAACUACAAGCCGCAGAGAUGAACGCCAAGCUUGCGCUGCUGUGUCUGGCUGCCCUGGUGGCUGUUGUCUCUGCUGGCGGACACGGAUACGGAUACGGAUAUUCCGGAUACCGCUCCGCCCCUGCCCACUACGGCGGAUACCGGCGUGCCGGAUACGGCUACGGCGGCUACGGCAGCUACGGCAGCUACGCCCCCCGUAGCUACGGCUACCACGGCCGCCACCGCCGCUCUCUGGGCUACAACUCCUACGGAUACGGAUACGCUCCCCGCAGCUACGGAUACGGACACACCGGAUACGGAUACGCUCCCCGUAGCUACGGAUACGCCUCCCGCUCGUACGGAUACGCUCCCCGUUCCUACGGAUACGGAUACCGCUCCGGCUACUACCACUAAGUUUUGUGUUAACCAUGCUGUGUGUGUUUGUCAUUUAAGUUCAUCUCUCGCUCAAUAAACAAAAUUGAAUUUCA